AUGUUUAAUUUAAAUAAAACUCCAAGUUUAUUCAAACUGCAGGAAUUGGUGAAGUCGCCGGGCGCAGCCCGGACAGAAAUGUACAUCCGGCAAGCUGGCCCUGGAUCUUAUAGGCAGGUCCUGCGGGAAGUCAGACAAAAAGAACUCUAUAAGCUGAUCGUGGAUACUAAUCCAAGGAAUAUUAAUCAGUUUUUCAGAGCGGAUAUCGAGACGUUCGAUUUGGAAGAUUUCAAGUACAACUCAGUCAACAUAACUGCUUUUAGAAUCGUUGAUGUGGAGCAUCCGAAAGUCAAAGAAACAUUGGAGGUUAUGGAAAAGUUUCAACCGAUUGGCCAUGCAAUUCUCAACAGAAGUGGAGUUAUUCAGGCGGAGCCCGCUCUGAUGUUCGAUUCUGUUUACGUAUUUGCAAAGGGCUUAUCCGGAAUGGAGAAUGGUCAUUCUAUUAGGCCGACGAAUUUAUCCUGUGACAUUGAAAAGCCAUGGGAUGAUGGAUUGACCCUGUAUGAUUACAUCGACUCGGUGAGCGGCCUCCACGGACUGACUGGCAAUCUAGAGUUUAGCGAGGGUAAAAGGGCCAACUUCAAAGUGGACCUUCUAAAAUUAAAGAAAGAAGAAAUCCGUAAAGUCGGAGAAUGGACGGUCACUGACGGAAUCAACAUUACGGAUCCCAAUGCCUUCUACGAAAACCACACUCCGAAUAUAACGCUCAUCGUUAUGACGAGAGAGGGUAUUGUUGUGCUAAACAAUACCCUAAAAUUUGGAGUCAAGUUUUCCCUGGGAUAA